AUGAACACAAUACUACAAAUCAUCGCUACUCUUUUAUUGAUUCCCCUCUACUACUAUUACUUUAGUAAGAAGAAUGCUCCUAGCCUCCCGCCUGGACCGAAACCACUUCCCAUUAUUGGUAAUAUUGCGGACCUCCCUCCAAAGGGGGUUCCGGAAUACCAGCACUGGCUCCGUUUCAAAGAUAAAUACGGUCCCAUCAGCUCUGUCACUGUGCUUGGCACACGACUCAUCAUAAUCCAUGACAAUAAGAUAGCACAUGAUCUUUUAGAGAAGACAUCGACAAAAACCUCGGGGCGGCCAAUAUUUCACUUUGCGGGUGCCUUAUGCAAGUUUGACGAGUUAGUAUCCUUCAUGCAAUAUAAUGCUACCUUCCGUCAACAUCGUAAGUUGAUACACCAGCACUUGGGUACAAAGUCGGGUGUCGCGCGAUUUCGAGGCGUUCAAGACGUGGAGUCACGCCAGUUUCUCCUCCGAGUUCUGGAUGAUCCCGACAGCUUAAUACAACAUAUUAAGACUGAGGCGAGCGCGAUCAUCCUACAGAUAGUAUACGGUUACUCCAUUGAACCGCGAGCACCCGAUCCUUUGGUUCUCUUAAUUGAGCGCAUGAUGCAUAAUGUCUCGCUUGCGUUCAUUCCUCUACGGUGGCCCGUCGACUUUCUUCCCAUUCUCAAAUAUCUUCCAGAAAGGUUACCGGGUAUGUCAUUCAAAUCUACUGCCCGAAAAUGGAAGAAGAUUAAUCGCAUGGUAAUCGAUAUCCCAUAUGCGUUUGUUCGACAGCAAAUGGCCAAGGGAAUCAAUCGGCCAUCAUAUGUUGCUUCAAACCUCGAACCAGGUAACAAUGCCCUCGAUGAGAAUAGCACCAUGAAUGAAGACCACGAAAAUGCCAUCAAGACAACAGCCGCAAUCAUGUACGCAGGAGGUGCCGACACCACUGUGUCAGCCAUUUGUAGUCUUGUUCUAGCUAUGAUGUUAUUCCCAGAAGUCCAACGGAAGGCACAGCAGGAAAUUGACGCCGUGGUCGGUAUGAAUAGACUGCCUCGGUUUGAAGAUCGGGAAAAUUUGACUUAUGUCAAUGCCUUGGUGAAGGAAACACUCCGGUGGCUCCCCGUAACUCCAACCGGGGUAGCUCACGUGGCUGACGAAGAAAUAAUCUGUGCCGGGUUUCGAAUUCCAAAGGGAGCCAAUUUGCUUCCUGCAGUCUGGUGGUUCUUGCAUGAUCCAUCGACCUAUUCAGAUCCAUACACUUUUGAUCCUGAUAGGUACUUGGAGCCGCGCAAUGAGCCCAACCCAGCAAACGAGGCUUUUGGAUAUGGCCGUAGAAUUUGCCCCGGGCGGCAUUUGGCUGAUGAAAGCCUUUUCCUAACCGUCUCCCGUCUGUUAGCAUCUUUCAACAUCACCAAGGCCGUCGACGAGCAGGGCAAGGAGAUUGAACCGGAGGUGAAGCCAACACCUGGCUUGAUUUCCCGCCCACUCGAAUUUCCCUACGACAUCAAGCCCCGGAGUGCCAAGCAUAUAGAUCUCAUAAGAUCCGUUGGGGUAGAGAACCCUUUGAAAGGAGGCGACGCCGGACUUCUCACGGAGGACUUUACUAAUGAAUGCACUAGAAUUCUGAAAGAGUCUGGAUGGUGA